AUGGCAAUGGUGGCUCAUUUUGACCUUGAAUUGUAUCAAAUGAAUGUGAAAACGUCUUUUUUUAAUGGUGAUCUUGAUAAAAACAUAUAUAUGGAACAACCGAAAGGUUUUGCAUCUACAGGUCAAGAAGGUGAAUUAGAUUGGAAAGCAGUGAAGAAAGUGCUUAGAUAUUUGCGGAGAACUAAGCAUUUUCAGCUUGUGUACAAUAAAUCAAAUGAAUUGGAAGCUGAAUGCUUUUCAGAUUCCGAUUUCAUGGGCUCAGUUAAGCUAAAAUCCACAUAUGGUUAUGUGUUUAUGAUCGCUAAAGGUGUUAUUUUUCAUGUCCCUAUUAUGGGUUGUCCACUAGUUAAGGGCAGACCUGUAGAUCACUACAAGUGGUAUCAAAGACGGUAUUUCCUUGGAAUGAUCAUGGAUGAUUUUAGUGCUUUAAUGAGUGCAAAUUGUGAACUAAUUAAUCUUCGAUUGGAUUACUGGAUUGAAUUUGGAAAUAAUUCGCCAAAUCAGAACCAGAAUCUCCUAAAUUUGUUGGACCUCAUCAAUCAUGCAGAGAGGAAGAUAGAGAUUCACACAAGAAAAUUUAACCAGGUACCAACAUCGGAGGAAACUUCAAUCGAAGUUGCUGAGGCUGCAGAAAUAAUGAAGAUGCAGGAUGUAAUUGGCAACGAAGAAUUUGUUGAAGACUCAAUUCACGCAGAGUUGGUCACCGAUUUUAGCCUAGAUUCGUCAACCCCAUCGGAAGAAGAAGAUGAUGAUUCUCUUGAGUUGGAGUUGAUUCCUCCAUAUUUCCUUGUUGAAUCUGAAGAUGUUGAUUCACUUACUGGUAGGAGUUUACCAUUUGAAGAAGUUGAAACACCAGAGAGAAUUGAUUUCUCCAAGGAUUUCAUUACUCACCUCGAUCUGAAUGUUUUGGUUGAGGAAGGUUAUACUGGUGAUGGCCAUAAGGAGAAUUUGAUGUUUCUGCAUUACCAAGAAGGUAAACCCUUCAAUCCUGGAGCUAAUUUUGUGGUGGAUUUUCAAAAUAGAAGCGCUGCAAAUCUUGAGGUAAAUAAUUUGAAUUCAUUUCAUAUGAACUUUAAGGAUGAACAUCAGCAGUUUGAAGAUUUGAAGUUGAUUAUGAAUAAUAAAGUAAAUCAAAUAUUAUCCCACUUCAUUUGUUUUAAGGGGUUGUAUUUCUUAGCAAACGUAACUCAGGUUACUUCUGUUGGUGAUGUUUCAACUAGUGUUAAUGAUAGUCGAAUGAUUUUUGAUAGAGGAAGGUUGUUGGAAUUCAAUAAGAGGUACUACUACUACAAAAACAGUUUUGAAUUCAGUUUUGGUGUAAUUAUUUCUUGUGGUUUUGAAUUGUUCUUUGCGAAGUCGUAUAUGUUUCUGUUUGUUAAAAUGGGUGAGAAUGAUGUUGGUAGCAAGCUGUUUGUUCUAAUAUCUCAGAGAAAUGGACCAGUGAUACUUCUACCAACAUGGGUGGUUGGAAUUAGUAUGUCACAUCAAGUGUUUGACAAAUUUUUGUUUUGGAAGAAGUUCCCUAGACUAAUCUCAUGACUCACCUUGCGAAGUUAUUACAUAAAUAUAUUAUCUCCCAUCAUGGUGGUAAUUGUACGUUGUGUGAUCGAGGUAAAAGAUGCAUAAUUGGAGUAUAAUUAUAUUGUUACUUAAUAAGUUUUGCUGCCACUGGUGUAAUUUUGUUGCGGAACGGUAAGAAAGUAACCACCCACGAGUGGAUUUGUAAACAGGGAUAUCAUUCAGAUUUUUUGUCUCAGGACUUAAUUGGUAUUAUCUUAGCCAAUAAAGAUGAUAAGAUUUCACAGAUGGGACAUGGUUUACUCAAUACGUCGGAUUAUGUAAUGAGACUUAUGGGUAGUGAAGAAUGUUUAUAUUAUUGUGGCAUGUAUUGUGCUGGAAGGGUAUUUGAUCGGGAAAGGAUGUUUAGUAUUCAUUCUGGGUUGGUCCAUAUGGUUGCAAUUAGUGGUGCAGUUGGAACAGCUAGAGCAGUUGCGAAAAUACCUCAAAAGGGAAAUGAGUAUUGUAACAUACUCAUUACUGGAAUGGCUGAACUGUCUAUCAGCAAGAAGGCACUUGAACUUUUGGAUCAAAUGCAUAAUAAUACCAGCUGGGGUUUUCAUGGUGAUAAUUCUCUAGUCUUACAACUGAAGUGCGGGUUUCUUUUCUAAUUGGAAAUUUUACAGAGGGAAUCAUUGAGGAUCUGUGUUGAAUCAAACAAACCAAAUGAUCUGUCACUAGUUCUUUCGAAGAGAAGUGAACGUGUAAUCUGGUUUCUUUUAUUUACUAUAUUGUCCAACUAUAUUCAAGACACUUUCUUACAUUUAUUCCUGAAUUAUCAAGGCCUGGAUUAUGGAUAUAGGGUGUUUGACCGUGGCAAGGAGUUUCACUUUAGGAGAUACUCUUGCUUUACUAUGGUAUUUUUUUAUCAAGAUACAAUGGGUUAUGUGUUUGCUAAAGAGAUGCAGGAAGUGAUUCUAACAAGCUGUUUGUUGAAUUUUUGUGGAAAAGUGAUAUAUUCAGGUGUAGCCGGUUUUUUUUUGAUAGAGGAAAAGUGAAGCUCAUUGAGGAGUCACCUGUUCUGUUUGUUAACCUGCAUAUUGUGCUUACAAAGGACUAUUACUGGACAAAAUUUCUGGUGGUGAAAAUCAAAGUGAUGCUUGUUCCGGUUAAUGGCGGUGUAUGCUCUUAUGGAUACCUGAGGUGGAAAUUCAGAUUGGUUCCACCUGGGUUUUGGAGUAUGCGAAGUGUUACAGUGAAGGUUCACUUCUCAGUUUUCAAUUUUUACAAAAAAUGGACUUCUCAUUCUAAGAGCCUUUGGGUUGUUCCGGUUUACAUAGAAGUUGGGUGGAACAGGGGUGAUGAUAAUACUCGAGCACAUGGUUUCCCUAAUGCCUAUGUAGAAUGGUUGAAUGAGGGUACAGGUGCACAUGUAAGUGAGAAUUUUUCCAGAAUAGGGUUGUUGUCUUUGUGUUAUGCUCGCUUUGUAUCCUGGUGCUGCUAUCGACUUUUGUCGCGAGUAUAUCCACCACCAAGGGGUUGUAUCCAGUUGGAGUUUUUACGAGGGUUGAGGAGCAUUCAGUGGUGAAAAUCUGCGCAUCUCAUAUUUCCACCGUAUGAGCAGAGAUGUAAUAUAUAUAUUUGUAUGUUGUUUGAUCGAGGUAAGAGGUAUGUACCUAGAUUAUUAGCAAGCUACUUGGUAAGUUCUGGGGCAACUAGUUCAACAGUGUUACCAAAUGCUAAGAAUAUUUUGAGAUCAACACAACUCCUUUGCAGGGAUGAAGUGUAUUCAGUCCAUGCUCCGGUGCUUCGUGUUUCAAAACUGUGGAUGAUUGUAGCAUUUUUGUGGUGGAAAAUUGAAUUGUUUUCUACAGGUACACUGAGUGCAGGACAUCUUAGUGGGAUUCACAUGGGAUUUUUAUCAGUUGGAUGGUUUGACGUGUACUGGUGUUAUAGAACCCAUCUGUUUUCCUUGGAGCGUUAAGCACAAUAGACUUACAUUUUUGAAGGUGGAUCUUCGAUUAAAUUUGAAGGAGGGCUUCAAUCAAGCUUGAAGACUACAGA